AUGUAUGUGGAAACUAAAACUAGUGUUCGUGCACCGGUAGGGGAUACUGAUUUCUUUCCUGUGGAAGUAGGACUCCACCAAGGGUCAGCGUUGAGUCCUUUUCUUUUUGCGAUUGUCCUAGAUGAGUUGUCAAAGUCGAUUCAGGAGUCGGUUCCGUGGUGCUUGCUUUUUGCAGACGAUAUUGUGCUGAUAGAAGAAAGUAAACAGAGCUUGAAUGAGAGGUUAGAAGAAUGGCGUGUAGCCUUAGAAGGCAAAGGUUUGAGGAUAAGUCGCUCUAAGACUGAGUACCUUUACUGUGAUUUUAGUGGAGCAGGCGAUGAACACGACACUCAGAUCACCAUUGAGGGCCACGUGGUCCCACAGGCAACUAAGUUCAAGUAUUUAGCAUCGUUUGUUCAGACUAAUGGAGAGAUAGACAAUGACGUAGCUCACCGUAUCCAGGUUGGAUGGUGUAGGUGGAGAGCAGCCACAGGGAUAUUAUGCGACAAGAGGUUCCCUGAUAUAUUAAAAGGGAAAUUUUAUAGGGUUGCAAUUAGACCCUCUAUGUUAUACGGAACAGAGUGUUGA